UCCUUUCAGUCGCAACGACGCACCUAAGACCCAGGCUGUCAGUCGGAGGUUAGUUGUCCGUACAGUCAAAGAAUACAAUUUUUCAUCAUGUUUAAGCACGCAGAAUUACCCCGAAUCAGCUAUUUAAUUGUCAUAACGAAGCAGACCAUUGUUUAGAGGUAAAAUUCGACAAUGAACUCUUGAGUCUAAACCGUAUGAAAAAGUUUCGAGCUAUUUGUGCCAAUUCGCGUAUCGUGAAUCCAACACCGAACAAAGAGCAGGACCACCCUAAUUUCUAAAAUUCUGACACAACAUUGUUGAUGACAAGGAAUUACUCGGCAGUGAAUAGUAAUUUCUUGAAAAAAAUUUGGAUAAAUUUAUUGCUGAGAAAUUUCAACGUCAUUUUUCAAUGUUAAAUGUUGAUAAAUAACUUACCCUUCAAUCGCCUGUCAUUGUAAAAACAGCAUUACAUUUCGAUAAAUGAUCCCAGUAACUCCACUGUUGACAGCUAUCACCGUCACAAGAACAUUCAGACGAAAUAUUGACGUCAUUUUGUUUCACUGCAAAAAGGUUUAUCAUAUGACGACAAUACCAUUAAAACAUUUAUUGAUAAAAAAUCUUAACAAGGAAGCGUCGGGUGUAGAAGCUCUGUUUUCGACAUACGUGGAUUUAAUAGAAUCUAAUGCGAGCGAAAGCACGCACAGAGAGUUUCAAAAAUCCAUUAUGGAACCGUACCUAAAGACAUGUUACGGAUCAUCGAUCAAUCAUCGACCUUGUGACGCAAGCACUGUCAACUUUAAAGAUAAUCUAAUGAAUCACGAAUGUACUUCGUCACCACCCACAAACCCAGAUCUUAAUUUAAAUCUUCAGGAAAAUACGACUCCUACAAGUGAUAUCCGUAGAGCACUACAAAAUUACAAAGCAAUGCGCUCAUGGAAAAAGGUCGGCAGAGGGCGAAGCUUACCUAGCUCUGAAGCAAAUUUUGUGAUCAGACUAUUUUCUUACAAUAUUUUGGCUCAGUAUCUUUUAGAAACGCACAGUUACUUGUAUAAGCAUCAUAAUCAGUGCAGUCUUGAAUGGGAAACUCGUAAGAAAUUACUGAUACAAGAAAUAUUGGAAGCUCAGGCUACUGUAAUAUGUCUUCAAGAAAUGCAAGAGGACCAUCUGAAUGAAUUUUUAAAACCCUUUAAAGAACAUAAGUAUAAUCAUUUAUACAAGAAGCGCACAAACGAUAAAAAUGACGGGCUGCUUCUGAUGUUUCGAUCCGAUGUAUUUGAUCUCAUCGAGUAUGAAAAUGUGGAAUUUUUCCAGUCAGGCACAGAUCUUCUUAAUCGAGACAACGUUGCUAUAAUUGUCAAACUGUCAUUGAAGAACAGUCCAGAAACACAGAUAGUUAUUGCCACCACACAUUUACUUUAUAACCCGAAACGAAACGACAUCAGGCUCGGUCAGACUCAGAUUUUAAUGGCUGAACUGGAGAGAAUUGCUUUUAUUAAAAAUACGUCAGGCCCAAAAUAUCAUCCUAUAAUUCUGGCUGGAGAUUUCAAUCUGCAACCAAAGUCAGGAGUGUAUAAAUUUAUAACUGAAGGUUCCUUCGCAUACAUGGGAAAAAGUCGAACUCUAGAGCAAGCGGAUCACCGCCGUUUGAGCAAUUCACUUAUCCCGCCUCAUUUAUAUGUGACCGACAGUUGUCAACAUUUCUUCAUUUUGUCAAAAAGACUGCGAAAUCGGGGUGAAGGUAAUGUUAUGUUGGAAAACAGUGAAAAAGGGCCACCUAGAGGUAGUCGUGACUCUUCGGAUCAGAAUCAGUUUAAAAGAAAUGAAGUAGAUGUCCAAAAUCGAAACUUCCAAAAAAUACAAAUAUCAGAUGGUCAUCAUGUGAAAUUUGGAUCUGGUUCUUUGACUCAUCCAUUUAAACUUCGAAGCGUGUAUUCUCACAUUGACCGUAAUGGACAAGACGAAGCUACAACUCAUCAAGACGGAUGGGUUACAGUGGAUUAUAUAUUCUUUAGUGAAGUUGAGCUCAUUGAACAGUAUACGCUACCUACGCAAAAACAGUGUAAAGCUCUGGCAACUAUACCAAAUCAUGCCAUUGGCAGUGAUCACUUGAGUAUAGGAGCAACUUUUAUAUUGCGAAAAAAACUGAGGCAAUAAUCGUCCAGCCUUUGCCUCCACUUGUAUAAUAUAAAUAAAGACAAAUAUUUUCAA